AUGGCUUCCGCCAACGCUAUCUCUUCCGCUUCCAUCCUUCCUUCUCCUUCUAAAGAGUGGCGAUUGAAGAACAGUAGAGCGAGCCAAUUGCGGCAGGGACAGAAGCAGAAGCAGAAGCAGAAGCAGAAGCAGAGCAAGAACCGGUUUGUGGUGAGGGCUAAUGCUAAGGAUAUUGCUUUCGACCAGAAAUCCAGGUCUGCCAUGCAGGCCGGCAUCGAUAAGCUCGCCGACGCCGUUGGCCUCACUCUCGGCCCCAGAGGGAGGAAUGUUGUUUUAGAUGAGUUUGGUAGCGUAAAAGUUGUGAAUGAUGGGGUGACUAUCGCGAGGGCCAUUGAGUUGCCUGAUCCCAUGGAAAAUGCUGGUGCUGUUGCUAGCAAGACGAAUGAUUCUGCUGGUGAUGGCACCACCACAGCGUCGAUUCUUGCUCGUGAAAUCAUCAAACUCGGUCUCCUCAGUGUCACCUCUGGUGCCAAUCCGGUGUCGCUGAAGAGGGGCAUUGAUAAGACUGUGCAGGGUUUGAUUGUCGAGCUUGAGAAGAGAGCUAGGCCCAUCAAAGGAAGGGAUGACAUCAAAGGUAUGCUCAUCCAUUAG